CACCACAGGAGGAAGAAUGGCACGCAUUGCUGACCAGUGAACAAGUGCAAGACGUGCUGGCUGGGCACGAGCAAGCGAUGACGGCGCGUGUGCGGGAGAAGAUGAAGAGUAUUCAGAUUGCGCAACUUCGAGCACAACACAACGCCCUCGUCCUCGAACAACUUCAGCUCCACGCGCGCCGGUUGCUGUCGCACGGGCUCGGCCGUGACAUCAACACGAGCGACCAGCUCCUCACUGCCAUUGCCCAGUACAUGGCGAUCGCAGAUGAUGGUGGUGCUGGUGGUGAUGGUGAUGGUGGUGGUGAUGGUGGAAAGAAAAGUGGGGGUGGGGGUGGCAAGGGUGGCAGUGGUGGUGUUGGGAGAAGGAAGCGAAGGACCAGCAGGAACGUGGCGAACGCAUAGCAGACAUCACACCAUACAUGCAAGCAGACGGCUCAGCAUCCACGCAUGGCAGACGGCUCAGCAUGAUUUCACAGUUAGGUCCACACACACUCGUGAGCAGCAGCCAGCCCGCAAUCCCACCUAACACAUGACUCGCAUGUGGACAUCAAUAAUCAAGUUGCCUG